AUGGCUACAGUCAACUCAUUGCUGGCCCGACUACCAAUGAAGAUGAACCUAUCCAGAGCACUCAAUGCGCCUGCGCAUGAAACUAUCAAGGCACCACUUAAAGUCACCAUUGUCGCAUUGUCAACCAAGAAAACCAUCAAGGCCACUAAUAACACUACAAUUACCUUUUGGACAGCAGCAAUUGCAGACGAAAACACAGUCACUAAGAUCAACUUGUAUGAUGAACACCUUGUUGCCAAAUGCAACCCAAACAAGACCGUUAUCAUGACUUCUACGAAAUCCAGAGCCGACCAUCUCACGACCAACCCCGAAACACGCAUUUACAGCACGAAAUUCAUGCACGUACCAGAACAACUUAUCAACGAAGGCAAACUCCUCAUCAACCCACCAGAUGCACACAUUGUCACGCUCAAGAAUGCUGCUACUUCACCACUAAAAACACGUCUCUCAGUCCAAGGGACAGUCACACAGGUUGAAGAAAAAAAGACAGCAAUUGCCAGGGGCAAACCAGUCCAAAUCCAGACAGUGACUUUAAAGGACCAAACGGCGGAGGUGAAAUGUACUCUUUGGAGAGAGGCAGCUGACACCAACCUCAUGACCCCAGGAAACCACAUCAAAAUCACCAACGCGUACACACAUUACAGCACCUUCCACAAGGCCCAACAAUUGAACACAUCGGAUGAUUCAUCUAUAACACCCGUCGAAGAACCGCCACGCUUCGCUCAACAACAGUUGAUUGCUAUCGACAUUACAGAAAUCCCAGAUGAGUUGACAGUACUUGCUGAGGAGGACGAUAACUACCAAGAAUUCAGCACAACCAAACAAGUUGUCCUUCAGUCCUUCGAAGUCGAAUCCCUUGAUGACAUACAAGACAUCCUCCCAGCUACUGCCACCGUCACCAUCAGAAACAAAUGCAUCACUGCAAUUGCCCUAGCAUAAAGGCCAAUGCCUAACACAGGCUACAUUCUAAACAACGGUCAGACAGAAAAUGCAUAGUCUUCUAUAGCAUUCCAUUGACUUCAACGCAUAAAAAUAAUCAAAGGAUUCAACCAUGUUCUGGUCAAUUUCACUAAUUGCAUUUUCGAAUCACAAACAAUGAUUGAUUACAUAUAUUUCACUAUCUUCAGAACUUCAUCAUUUUGCAUAUGUAUCAACAUUCCUCUAUUGGUGUCGCAAUGGUCGUCCACGUACUUCUGAAACAGCAACUUCUCUGUCAUUUCGUAACAUAUAGACAACUGCAUCUUGUCGUCACAACUGCUGAUAAACGUACUGCUGUCUCAUUGCAAUCUUACCAUAUUUGUAUUUAGCAUAUUUGUAUCUACAUAGUAUAUAUAUCAACAUAUAAUCCCUGUAAUUCAUUAUCUCUGCACUUUUGUACAUGUGAUCAUGGCUUGUGAUCCUAAUUGCCAUGUGAUUUAUUGUGUCUCUCCAAUUCCUUUGUAAUGUUCACAGUGCUAUGACUAUAGCAUCUUAUAAUCACAACUUCGGAUCCAAGUAAUUUUCUUUCUUUCAUAUAAUAUCCUAACUCUUGCACGUCCUAAUCACAUGCACUGCUUGUAUCAACCUCUACUUCACCAUGUCUUAAUACUGUAACCCUGGAAAUUUUCGCUGGCUUUUUAAUUUUGCUGUUUUCGCGGUUGUCCAUGAUCCGCGAAAAUAACCAGCAUAAAAUAUUAAGUUUUAUUGGAGUUAACUGAAGAACCAUAGUGCCUCCGCAAAAUUCAAAAGCGUAAAAUAUAGAUUCUUCAAGCAAUUUCCAGAAAUCCGCAAAAUUUUCCAGCCGCGAAUAUUUCCCGGUUUACAGUACAUGUCUUUGUAUUUUCAUUGUAAAUAUAAGCGUUCAAAUUUAGAGUAUAUACAAUUAGAUUUAGACGUUACAAAUUCCAUUUCCAUACCAAACUUGUAUGUAACUCUAAUCCAACUAUACCUUCUUUUCUUUGCGUAUAAUAUGCUUGGUAAUUACUUGUAAAUAUAUCGUUCAAACUUAUAUUAAUAUAAAAAAAAAUUGCAACGAACCAAAUUGCAUUUGCUACCUCCACAA